AUGGUAUCCAAUAAAUGUUGUGUCCCUGGUUGCCAACAAAGCUCAACCAGUAAAUUUGGAGUCCCACAAAAUGAGCGUAAUGCUUGGGAAAAAAAAUUUGGCAUUGUUUUGAAAAGAAACUCUCGAGUUUGUGCUCAUCAUUUUAACCCAAAUGAUAUUAUAUCUACUUGGACAUCAGGUGAAGGUUCUAGUCAGUAUUCGAUCUGUCUUAGACAGCCAAAGCUGAAAAAAGGGGUCAUUCCUUCAAUUUUUCCAUCUGACUUAGCUUAUAAUAUCUGUGAUAAGGUUAAUGAUACAUUAGUAACUUCAAUUUUGGAAGAACAUAAUUAUUGUAUUCAAAAAAGAAAUGUGUUAUACUUAAAUAUAAAACCACCAAGUCCUAAGCGACAAUGUAUAGAAUUGGCUGAUGACUUUAUAGUCCAUUAUGAUGUAUCUGAGGUAAUAGUUGAAGAAACCAGCAUGAUUGAAAAAUUGAGUUCAAUCAACAAGUAAUUGGUUUUGUGAUGUUACAAAACAUAAUAAAUCAAUAAUAUUAAAAACUUAUUUUACUCUAAGUCCAUUUAAUGUAUGUAAGACACGAGUUGUAGAAAAGUAAUUUUGAACCUUGUUUUUAUAUAAAUGGAGUGAAGAUGGAAUCAUCAAAUUGAUAAUUAUUGUAGUAUAACCUCAAGUACUUGCAGUUUAGAAAGAGUUUCAAAUUUAAUUAAAUUUGAUAGAAUAAAA